CUCUCGCGGCUCCGACGCCAUUUUGCUCUCGCUCCUUUAGGCGAGGCGGCCGGCCGGGCUGGCCUGGGUCCGCGGGCGGGCUGGGCUCUAUGGUGCCGCCGCGGGCCUGAGGGGACUGCCGGCCCGCUGCACUAUGGAGCCCUGCCCGAGAGGAGACUGCAACGCCGCUAGGAGAUCCCGAGCUUCCGCAGGCAGCAGCUGGAUUCCGGCGCCGGAGAAGCGGCCGGGCCGCAGGGAGCGCUGAGGAGCCCCGCUAUGGAGCCGAGGAAGCGGGAGCAGGCGAGCCCCGGGCUCGGCCAGGCCAGCUCCCGGUUAGGACUCACCUGGCUGAAGCUCGGCCCCUGUCCCCCGGCUCCUGACGUCGCGGCCCAGCCCCAGCUCAGCGCCCCCUUCUCCUGGCUGCGGCUCUUCUCGCAGCUGCUUUCCCCGCUGCCCGGUCUCCUCCAGCGGUUGCUGCCCGGCCAGGGGCUGAGCAGCGCCCUGUGCCCCGCGGCGGGGGAGCCUCCCGCGGGGGCAUCUCCGGCCGCGAAUCUUCUGCUGCUGUCCGAGGCCAAUGCCUCACUGGGUUGGGCCGACGGGCAUCUGCACGGCGCCCCGGAGAUGCGCCGGAAGAGUAGCCUGGAGCCUGCCCAGCCGCUGUGGGGAGCUGGGCUGGUGCGGAGCGGCCUGGCCCCGCUCAGCGUCCGGCAAGUGGACCUGGUCUCCUACAUGCUGGGCCCCGGCGGCAGUCUGGGGUCCGGCUACGGCCAAGCCUGCUGCACCGACAAAAGCCACCUGCCCCAGCCCUUGAGCGCCGAGCUCCACGCGGACGGCUGGCGGGGACCCCCAUCGCGGGAGGGGCUGCCAGAAAUCCAGCACCUCCGCACCAAGCGCUUGGAGUUUCUCCAGCAGCAGCAGCUGGCGACUAAUUGCUUGGCCGUGCCUGACCCGGACCAUGGCUACCACAGCCUGGAGGAGGAACAGCAACACAGGGGUAACAGCCAAGAGGCUGGGAUGCUGAGAGGCCCUGAGGAACUGCCUGAGCACAGCAUAGUGGGGCAAACUGGAGACAGUCCCCUAGAACAGGAAGUAUGGCGUCCUGAGAAGGAGGCAACUGAGGAAGCGCCCGUCUCGGAAGAGGAUGAAGAUGAGGAUUCUGAUAUAGAGCAAGACCUGCCAGUGUCAUCCAGGCCUGCCUGUGCUAACAAACUGAUAGACUACAUUAUCAGGGGCAGUUCCAGUGGAGAGGAAAGUUCAGAGGGUGAGGAAGACUGGGAUGGGGAUGAUGAUGGGUUUGAUAGCGAGGGGUCCCUCUCAGAUUCAGACUCAACUAGCCAGGAUAGUGAGAGCCAGCACCUCUGGAACUCCUUCUGCAGUUUGGAUCCUUACAAUCCUCAGAACUUUACAGCUGCUAUUCGAACUGCUGUUAAUAAUUCAGAGAAGGUUUUGUCUGGUGAGUCAUAUGUAGAGGAGGAUUCUUCAUGGGCUGAAAGCCUUCCUGGCUCUCCUGCCCUCAGUUCUGAAGAGGAUGAUGAAUGGGAGUGUAAUAGUGCAGAUGAGGAAGAUAAUUUGAAACUUUGGAACUCAUUCUGUAACUCAGAUGAUCCCUAUAACCCCUUCAAUUUCAAGGCACCAUUUCAAACUGCAAAAAAGAAAGGGAAGCAUGACUUAGAAGGAGCAUCAGGGCUGUGUAUGGUCAGCUCUCAGUGCAAUCUCUUAUUCACCUGUCAGGUGCAGCUGCUGGAGAACCAUAACUGUGGGGUCUCAGAUAUUGUGCAGCAUGGCAUUCUUUUUGGAGAGAAACAUACAAGUACCAAGAGAAAAAAGGUAACAUUCCUUGAAGAAGUUACUGAGUAUUAUGUAAGCAGUGAAGAAGAUCGGAAAGGACCCUGGGAAGAACUUGCACGGGAUGGAUGCAGGUUCCAGAAACGAAUUCAAGAAACAGAAGAUGCUAUUGGAUACUGCUUAACCAUAGAACAUAGACAGAGGAUAUUUAAUAGACUCCAGGAAAUAUACACCCCUACCCAGAUAUAACAUGACCCAAUAUAACAUGAAUUCAGAUAUAGCGCAGUAAAGCAGCGCUCUGGAGGGCAGGGCUGCGCACUCUGGCGGAUCGGCACGUCCGCGUGUCUGGCUCUGACAUGCAGCUCUGAGCGGCGUGUUAAGGCGGCCGGGCCGGGGCCGAGGGGUUGGAUAAGGGGCAGAGGGUCUCAGGGGGCGGUCAGG